AGUACGUUAGUAUUUUCCCCAGCUAAAAGGAUCGGAAAGAUUCCUCCUGUGGGCUUGCAUCAUGGAGGCAAGCAGUCAAUCCAGCAGUCAACAGAUUCUUUGGAAAGAUGUUGAGGCGGGAAAAGAGAAGAAGGCCAAGUACCACACCUACCAGCGAGUGGCUCUGGUUCUGGCUCUGGUCUUCCUCGUUCUGGCUCUGUGUGUUUUCAGCCUGAGAUAUCUGUGGAGCCCAAGUCUGGGGAAGGUGUAUGACCACCAGUACAAGGCUGUGUUGGAUGGCGUAGAGACGGACGGUUUGCUGGAGAUCGACCCCGGUCAACGCAUUGAGAUCUUCAGAAUGGGAAAUGGGAGUGAGGAGGUACUUGAAGUGCACGACUUCAAAAAUGGAAUCACUGGGAUCCGGUUUGCCGAACAUCAGAGGUGCUACAUCAGGACCCAAACUAGGAAGCUACCCACAGUGGCAGAGGUGGAGGCUGAGGACACAGAGUUACUGGUACGCCUCCUCCCCUCGUCUGUCUGUACCUCAGACUCUCUGUAG